AUGUUGUUCCGGCUCAAGGCAUUCAGAAGCAUAUUCAAAGACCAACCGACUAUCAACUGCCCUGAGAACCUUUACAGCCUAGGCAUUCUAAAAGGGCUAAAUCAACAGGAUCUAAAAUUAAAGGAUGAGCUCCUGGAUCAAUUUGUGUUCUGCCAGGCAGUCCAGGAAGCACAUGGAGUUCGCAUAGCCUUGGAAAAAUGGUUAACAGCAGCGAGCGUCCGCUAUCGCAUGAAGCGAGCAGGUGAGAUCACAGGUUUUGAGCAGGUUACAAAGCUGUACUCGGAUGUGACCAAUGAGCUCCAGAAUGUGAUGUUGCAGCACAGUAACAUCAACACCUUUGUGCAGCACUAUAGUGUUGGCAUACAUGUCGACGCCCAAGCGAUUGUCCGCGGCCUCACUCCUCAAACGAAGCUGAUGCGUUUUGCUUGCUCAAUGAGCUGGUCAAUCGAUCCUCAGCGUCCCUUCAAGCUGACGAAGGAACAGUCUGAUUCCGUCAAUGAAUUAGACUGCAUACAUGUGCUACAGGACAAGGUUAACAAGCGGUGGAAGUCUCGGGACCAGCACUGCUAUGAAUAUGAAGAGGCCAAACAACAAUUCGAACAGGCUCUCAUCGACACAAAAGAUGAUAUACCAUGUCAGAAAUGUAGCAGUGAGUACAACAGAUCUCUCAAUACCAAUCUAAAAUGCCAGAAUCGUCGAUGUACCUACUGUAAAUUGAGGAAACAUUGUAAACAAGCAGAAGUGCAGCACAAACAUGCAGGUCAAGCUUAUCAACAUACUCUCUGGGAAUUGCAGAGUGAGAAACAGCAACAAUGCAAUUGUAUGGUGCAGGAAAACCUUGAACAGUACAAGAACAAUCAACCGGUGAUCGAUAGUCAAAGGCAACUUUCAGGCAAGAUGGUGGAUGAAGAGGUGAUCGAUGUACUACAGCGGUCAGGGUAUAUGACACCGCAGCACCUUAUCCUGAUUGACACAGUCCUCACUAGACCAGCGCCCACGGUUGAGGCCGAGUACCGGCGGCAAAUAGCUGCUAUCAACACGGUGACAGCAUUCUGCAAUGUAGAAGAGGGUGCCCCUUCUCAGAGGACAAUCUGCCUACUGAAAAAGCGAGUCACUCCAGAUGUAGCUUCUUCCAUGCACAGUAAGAAACAGAAGCACUCCCUGGAAGAUGAAACUGCUGUCGCUCUCCGCGAAGCUAUCACAUCAGUGCAAGUAGAUUCACCGGAUCAACGGCCGGAGAUCUGUUUCCUCUGUGUUGGAAAUCCUAACCUCCAGCUAGCCAAGAGGACCAAGAAGUACCAUGACCCAGGGUCUCUAACUAGGCAUUUUCGGCGAAAGCAUGUUGACCGCCUUGGGUCAGGGUUCCGAGGUUCUAAGUGCAAUGUUUGCGGUGUAAUUCUGGAAAAUAAGAUGCAUCUUAUGAAUCAUGCAGAGUCUAAGCAUGGUCCUGUUUCGCGGACGCCCCUGUAA